AUGCAGACUUAUCUUUCCCUCGGAAGAUGUGCUGCAGUUCUUGCAGCAUUUGUGCUUGCAGCUGAAGCUGCAAAAGCCACGUCACUGUCAAGCCGGGCUUCUGUUUUGCGCGCACUGAGUGCUGGAGACAAGCUGCCCGUCAGCCUGGAGAACAUUGAGACAGCAUUGCUCGCUCUCGAGAAGCAACGGGGCACCCCAGGACUCACGAACACCGUCACAGAGAUCCACAAGAUGGUGACUCACAUGGAGUCCAUGGUCCAGCAGCAGGCAAAGUUGACUCAGCAGACACUUGAUCAGGCGUGGUCAGAUUUCACUGGCUGUCAAGGGCUUUAUGAGGCAGGCUCCCAUUCAGGCCUGCAAUCCGUAGAUAGCCUGGCAAAGGAGCAUGCAGCCUGCCGCCUUGAAGAGUCGGGUUUGAAAAUUGAGCUGGAAGCUUGUGAGAGCGAAUUGACAGCAAGAACAUCCAGUGAAGAGCAGCGAAAGAACGAGUUCGAUGCUCUCAACAAGUUUCCUGUCGCAGGGUUCUGCUCUCACCGGUCCAGCUCCCAGGACUAUGCAACUGUGAGAGGCUACAUUAAGCAUUUUCGAGACCAUUUUGCCUCACAUCUGAACUCAUGGGAAGGCGCCUUUAAUGCUUCGAGCACUGCGGCAAAGAUGAAGCUGCAGAAAUCCCGCGAAUGUUACGGAGAGGAUCAGAAACGUGAUGGUAAAGGUGGCAGGGACAAAGCCUACGAAAGCAAGAGGCUGGACUGCCAGAAACUCCAGACCAAGUUGGAGGAUGCUGCAUGCGAUCGGAUCGCCCAUCGGACGGAUUGCGUGGCAUAUGUGAUGUGUUAUCAGUCCAAUUACAAAGCUUUCUUCGAUGCCGGACAAGCAAAGGAAACGGCACUAUUGCAGUCGCAGAAACAGCUUACAGAAUAUCGUGGCCUUGGAAGAAUCAAAUGUGUACUUGAUUCAUAUUCGAAGUACGGGGAUGGUGACUCGCUGACGCAGUCCAUCUCUGAUUGCCAAAAUGUGGAUGCCAACCAGACAUUCUUUCAGCUUGCCCUUCCAGAUCAGAAGAAGGGUGCAAUGCCCGCAGACAAGACUGGAUGCCUGAGCAAGGACUCUGCCGAGAAGCCAGGUACCCAAGCGUUCUCGCAGGAAAUGUACAAAAAACUAAUCGAAAAGGAUGAUGCUGUGCAUUGGACCAAUGUCAAGGAAGACGUGUUGAACUGCAAGGGCAGAUGUUGCGCAGUGGAGGCAACUGUCUAG